AAGUUGGCUUGUUUUAAAAAGUGUGGUUUCGAGUGAGCAUUUUUAAUUUGACCAUAAAAAAAUAGGUUUUGCAGGUGAACUUCUGCCCUUCGUCCCCGCGACAAACCUAGAAAGGAGAAGGAAAGGAAAACCGAAGUCCAUAGAAGAUGAGGCCGAUUUUGAUGAAAGGCCAUGAAAGGCCAUUAACGUUCUUGAAGUACAACAGAGACGGCGAUCUGCUCUUCUCCUGCGCCAAGGAUCAUACCCCCACCGUAUGGUUUGCCGACGAUGGCGAACGCUUGGGCACCUACCGCGGCCACAACGGUGCCGUUUGGUGCUGUGAUAUCUCAAGAGAUUCGACGCGGCUAAUCACUGGUAGUGCAGAUCAGACCGCAAAGUUAUGGAAUGUGCAAACAGGGGCUCAGUUAUACUCGUUUAAUUUUGAUUCUCCGGCAAGGGCUGUGGACUUUGCUGUUGGAGAUAAGCUUGCUGUGAUUACUACUGAUCCAUUUAUGGAGUUAACUUCUGCUAUUCAUGUGAAGCGUAUUGCAAAAGACCCCAGUGAACAGACUGGUGAAUCCAUUCUGGUUCUCAAGGGGCCACAGGGAAGGAUAAACAGAGCUGUAUGGGGACCUUUGAACCGGUCUAUCAUAAGUGCUGGCGAGGAUGCCAUAAUUCGCAUAUGGGAUUCCGAGACUGGCAAACUGCUUAGGGAGUCAGAUAAGGAAACCGGUCAUAAAAAGACCAUUACAGCACUUUCAAAAUCUGCAGAUGGUUCACACUUUCUUACUGGAUCUCUGGAUAAAUCUGCCAGGCUUUGGGAUAUCAGAACAUUGACUCUUAUAAAGACUUACACAACAGAACGCCCAGUUAAUGCUGUAGCAUUGUCUCCUCUUCUUGACCAUGUGGUGCUUGGAGGUGGCCAGGAUGCAUCAGCUGUUACAACAACUGAUCAUCGUGCUGGGAAGUUCGAAGCAAAAUUCUUUGACAAGAUUCUUCAAGAAGAAAUUGGUGGCGUGAAAGGGCACUUUGGACCUAUAAAUGCUUUGGCUUUCAAUCCUGACGGGAAAAGUUUCUCAAGUGGUGGUGAAGACGGUUACGUGAGAUUGCAUCACUUUGAUCCAGACUACUUCCAUAUCAAGAUUUAAUUAUAGAGCUUAUUGAUUGAUUGAAGAAUAUAGCUCGGGAAGAGAACCGAUAAAAGAAUUACUUGAAGCCGCCCUUGGGAAGGGAGUUUCCUUUUCUUGUGUUCAUUUUUUUCCUCCUCAAGUAUAGUAAUAUGAUAAAUUUUGAUUGUUGUUUAGGUGAUGACAGAGUAGAGUUUUGUAGUGGAGAGUGUUGCAUGCACAUGGUCAGCCUUUUCAUUUCUCCUGUUAUAAGAAAUGUGGGUGGACGGAAUUUUGGGUUACAAAGGAAAUUCCGUCUGUUUCGAUUGA